UUGCGUACGGGAUCAACCGACAAUACAUCAAAGGUCAAUCUGUUGAGGAAUUAAUUCCUGAUGAUGAAUGGUUGUUAUGGAGACGGUUUGUCGACUUUUGGCUGCGUUAUUAGCACUGUAUUCAUGUGUAGGAUACAUUGUAACUAAGUACGUCCCGAAAUUUAGUCAAAUCUAUUACAUACUAGCAUCAUUAUUAUCACUAACGUACAUUUUAUCCUUGAAUGGAUUAUUGCUGGCUAUUACAGAGAUGUUCUUCCUCUUUGUCAUUUUACAGCUGAAGCGCAGGUCCCUAAUGUGGAUGUAUGUACUGUUGAUGAUCUGUAUGCAAACUUCAAAUUAUCGGCAGGCGCAGUUACGUUUCUUUAAUGUCAACCAACAGUUAGAAAAUUUAGUAGAAGUAGCUUUUCAUAUCAUGUACCUUCGUUUCUUAAAUUUUGGUACUGAGCAUAUUGAGCAGGAGGAAUCGCAUACUCUAUUUGAUUUUCUUCAAUAUAUGUUAUACUUACCCGUGUUUCCUUACCGGCCGGUAAUAACAAUGGAUUCUUAUCAUCUUGCAAGUAAAGCUAACAAAAAGAAAUGGAAUUUUUUUGUUAUACUACGGGAUGUGGCUACAUGUCUUAUAUACACAUUAAUGUUGGAGCAAUUCUUUCGACAUAUUUAUUUUCUAGAUAUCAUAUUCUGCUUCAAAUAUGUUAUUUUCUACCGUUUUUCGGGUAUUUUUGCAAAAAUUGAUGGACACAAUCCACUUGAAGCACCAAGAUGCAAUACUAUGGUACAAACCUACGGUGAUAUGUGGCGAUACUUUGAUAAAGGUUUGUACCAGAUACUCAAGAAGUGCAUAUACUUUCCAAUGGGUGGAUCGAAAAAGGGUGUGCUAAGGCAAUUAUGCGGAUCAUUUCUUUGUUUUCCAUAUAUUUCCUAAUGACAUGGUAGAGGUACAAGACGUAUUAGUUGGGGUGUUUUAAAUUGGAUUGGAGUUGCAAUCGAAGCGCUGGCUUCAAUUGUUUCAUCAAAAAUGAAGUUAAAAUCCAGAAUGAGUGAAAGAAAUUAUAGAAGGUUAUGCGCGCUUGUAGGAACUCCUUGCUUGAUUAUCAUAGUAUACAGUAAUUUGGUAUUUUUGGCUGGGAUAAAAUCUACCGUUAUGCUAUUAGAGAAGAUUUUUUGGAACUGGGAUACAGCAAGCGUACUUGUGGCAUCGUAUUUUUUAAAAUAG